CCGGUGACUAAUUUAAUCUGAGGAAGCAAUACGUCGUCGUUUCAGCCACUGCAAAACCGAAAAACAAACUAUCGCCGCGAAAUGGCGAAGAAGCGAGAUCUUCACCGGCCACCACCAACUUCCGGUCGCCGUGAAAACCAAAUCAAACCAUCUUCACGACAACCAAAACUCACUCACUCAGCUUCAUCUUCCGGUGCCAUCAAAGUAAUUGCUUUCUUCAUCGUAUCAUCACUGAUCGCCAUCAUCACAUACUGGUUGACACAAUCUUCUCCUUCGCAACAAAAUGAAUCGUAUGUAUAUCAACGAGGCCUUGUCACAACCGAUACCAAUUACCAAGACAUACUCACCGAGAAUAUGAAGGUAUCAGAAAAUAUAUCUAAGCGACAUUAUAGUUAUCCUGUGCUUGGCUACAUUACUCCCUGGAAUUCUCGAGGUUAUGAUAUGGCUAAAAGGUUCAACUCUAAGUUUACACAUUUAUCACCUGUCUGGUAUGAUUUAAAGAGCCAACAGACUAGCUUAGUUCUAGAGGGGAGACAUAAUGCUGACAGAGGAUGGAUCUCAGAGCUUAAAAAGACAGGAGAAGCUUUGAUCUUGCCUAGAGUUGUUCUGGAAGCAUCACCAGAAGAACUGCUGAGAAAGAAGAAACAAAGGAACAAAGCCAUUGACCUUAUAGUGACAGAAUGCAAGGAAAUGGGAUAUGAUGGUAUUGUCUUAGAAUCUUGGUCAAGGUGGGCAGCUUAUGGUGUCUUGCAUGAUCCAAGCAUGCGGAAUUUGGCUUUGCAGUUUGUAAAACAGCUUGGAGAUGCACUGCAUUCUGUAAGCUCCGAAAAAAUUCGUGGACAGAAGUUGCAGUUGGUCUAUGUUAUUGGUCCACCGUCUUCUGAGAAGCUGCAAGCACAUGACUUUGGUCCAAAAGAUCUUGAAACUUUAAGUGAAGUUGUUGAUGGAUUCUCGUUAAUGACAUAUGACUUCUCUAAUCCUCAUAACCCUGGUCCAAAUGCACCUUUGAAAUGGAUUCAAAUUAUUCUACAGAUUCUUCUUGGUGCAUCUGCCAAUAGAGCUCAAAACAUUGCCCCCAAGAUAUUUCUUGGCAUCAACUUCUAUGGAAAUGAUUUCUCCCUUUCAAGAGAUUCAGGUGGCGGAGCUAUUAUUGGGAGAGAUUACCUGGCACUUUUAGAGAAGCACAGACCUGCUCUGCAGUGGGAUAAGAACAGUGGGGAGCAUGUUUUCUUUUACCCUGAUGACAAGGAUAUCAAGCAUGCGGUAUUCUUUCCAACUUUAAAGUCAAUUUCCUUGCGGUUAGAGGAAGCCCGUUCAUGGGGAUGUGGCAUCUCGAUAUGGGAAAUUGGUCAAGGUUUGGAUUACUUUUUUGACCUUCUGUGAAAGACUGUAUGUGUUAAUGUUUAUUCAUACCUGUACUCAUCCUGUAUUAAGUACAAUUGUAAUGAACUUGGUCAAAAUGAGAAUUUUAUUUUAGGAUUAAUAUGUUUUACUGUGUAAAUGUUACUUUCUGCAUUUAGUCCCUGCAAAAUUCAAACUGUCUGAAAUUAGUCUUCGUUGUCAACACUGGGGUUAAGUUUGCAAUUAUGUGGCAGACAGAGUACCAGCUCAUCAAGGCCGGAUAAGUUAAGUCUGCCCAUGUGGCGGGGGGUUGUCAUCUAGGUGCCACAUCAGUUUUGUGAUUUAUCUGCACUGAUUUUUCAAAUUUUAUUGUGCUUCUGGUUUUCGGUGUUGCUAUCCAUGCUUUGGUUUUCUU